UCUGUGCUUGUUGUGGCCAGUGUUGUAAUGAUAUGAGCAAAUCGUAUUUGCAUGUUCGAUUAGUGAUGUCUGCGAGUGACAGUACACGGAAGUUGGAGCAUACGCAGGAGCGAGUCAGCUGACAGAAAGCCCGCGAGUGUACAGCAAAUGUUGAUGCCUCAUGUCUGUUCUGUAAUCAAAGAUCUGUGAGUAAAAAACGUCAACUCUUUCAGCAAGUUGUAUUAUUACAGAAACCCACAAAAACAAAACAACACAUGGUGUCAGAAGUGGUCUGAAAGAGAAGAGGACGUUAAUAAGAAGUGGAACGGCAGAUUCCAAGGAGGAAAUUGAAAGUGCGGAGGAAAGUGAAAGUGCGCUAUCCCGUGCCAGAAAAACGACGUUAACUUCUAACUUUGGAGAAAAGUGAAAAAAGCAAAAAUGGAAGCUCUACAUCCGCCUGCUGCCCUUCAGCUUACAGGUAAUGUGGCUGAAAACUGGAAGAGAUUCAAACAGCGUUUUGAACUGUAUUUGGCUGCAAUUGGAGCUGAUGAAAAGAGCGCUAAGAUGAAAGCAUCUCUGUUUUUGCAUGUCGUGGGAGAGGAAGCACUGGAAGUGUACAACAAUUUUACAUUUGCUGCUGAAGCUGAUAAAAUGAAGCUGUCACUGAUAAAGGACAGAAUUGUGUGUGGCAUCACAGAUAAUAGCUUGAGAGAGAGACUGCUCAGAGAGUCGGAUCUGGACUUGGAGAAAGCUCUAGCACUGUGUAGAGCUGCAGAGACUGUAAAAUCACAAGCUAAAGAGUUGUUAAAUGAUGCUGCUUGCAAUGUGGAUGCAGUGAAAAAACACACACUUGGUUUCCACAAAAAUAAGACCGCAGGCGUGACAACCGGACUUCCAAACAAAAAUAGAAUGUCCAGUCAGAAAUCUUGUAGUCGCUGUGGUACGCAUCACCCUCCGAAGCAGUGUCCUGCCUAUGGGAAAAAAUGCAAUAACUGCAAUAAAGAUAAUCACUAUGCUCGUUGCUGCAAAAACAAUGCACGGAAAGGCAAAGUUGAUGCAGUAGAUGAUCAUGAUGGAAAAGAAGAGUUCUACGUGGAUGCUGUAAAUGAUCAAAAGGGAGAAAAAGAUUGGAUCACAACAUUGAAAGUGAAUGAUAUACAUUUGCAAUUCAAAUUGGAUACUGGAGCCAAUGUGAAUGUAAUGUCAGAGACUGAUUUCAUGAAAAUAAGGCCCAGACCAAAAAUACAUAGAGCAAACCUGAAAGUGACUGCAUAUGCGGGUGCAGACAUACCAAAAAAGGGAAAAUGCAUUGUGAAUGUGACACACAAAAAUAUAGUACACAAACUAUCAUUCAUCAUAGUUCCUAGGGAUGUGCAGGCCAUACUAGGAUUGUCAGCGUGUGAAAGACUACACCUGGUGAAGAGAGUGUUUGUCGUGGACAGGCAAAAAGAGACUGUAUAUGAGCAACUUAUGGAGGAGUACAAAGACCUGUUUCAGGGUUUAGGCUGCCUACCAGGAGAACACACUAUUAGAGUUGACAAAAGUGUGCCACCAGUCAUACAUCCUUGCAGAAAGGUCCCAUUCGCCCUACAAAAGCAACUGAAAGCGGAAUUGGACAACAUGGAGAGCCUGAACGUGAUAAAGGAAAUAGAUGAGCCAACUGAGUGGGUGAGUUCCCUUGUAGUAGUGGACAAAAAGAAUGGGAAACUCAGAAUUUGCCUGGAUCCCAGAGAUCUAAACAGAGCUAUUAAGAGAGAACACUUCAAGCUACCUACUCGUGAAGACAUUAUGGCUCAGUUUGCAAAUGCAAAAUAUUUUAGCAAACUGGAUGCUUCUUCUGGCUUUUGGCAAAUGAAACUGGAUGAGCCAAGUUCCAAAUUAUGUACUUUUAACAGCCCUUUUGGCAGGUAUAGGUUCCUGAGAUUACCGUUUGGCAUUGCUUCAGCCCCGGAGGUAUAUCACAAAACAAUCAACAUGAUUUACGAGCACGUGGAAGGAGUUGAUACAUCGAUGGAUGACAUCAUAAUUUGGGGUGCCACCAAAGCUCAGCAUGAUGAGAGACUCAAAGCCGUGCUAAAAGCUACAAGAAACGCAAACCUGAAGCUGAAUAAAGACAAAUGUCAGCUGGGUGUGACAGAAUUAACUUUCGUGGGAGAUAUCCUGAGCAGUGAUGGUAUCAGACCAGACCCACGAAAGGUGUCUGCAAUCGAAAACAUGCCAAGGCCACAAUGCAAAAAAGAUGUGCAAAGGUUUAAUGGGAUGAUUACAUUCAUGGGAAAAUUCAUACCCAACCUGUCGGAGAAAAUGGCCCCACUGAGACAACUAACAGAGAAAAACAUUGAAUGGCAAUGGAACCAUGAACAUGAAAAUGCAUGGAAUGUCCUAAGGAAACUGCUCACAGUAGAACCGGUCCUGAAAUUCUAUGAUUCAGAAAAAGCAAUCAAAAUAUCAUCAGAUGCGUCACAGAGUGGGCUCUGUGCUGUUUUACUGCAAAAGCAUGAGGACUGGCAACCCAUAGCAUACGCAUCACGCUCGAUGUCAGAUCCAGAAACGCGCUAUGCACAAAUUGAAAAAGAACUGCUCAGCAUCACAUAUGCUUGCGAAAGAUUUCAUCAAUUUGUGUCAGGACAAGAAAUCAGCGUGGAGACUGAUCACAAGCCCCUGAUUGCAUUGUUUCAAAAGCCACUAAAUGAUUGUCCACUUCGUAUCCAACGAAUGAUGAUUAAACUUCAACGCUACUCACUGAAAGUUGCAUAUACCCCAGGUAACCUGAUGUAUACAGCUGAUACGCUAUCCAGAGCUGUUGACCCAAAGGAGUGUUCCAACACUAAGCUGCAUGAAGAUGUGCAUGCUUAUGUACAUAUGAUCACAAGUGCACUGCCAGUAGCAGAUGCGAAAAUGGAGCUCAUACGGACAGAGACAAUCAAAGAUGAGACACUGAGACAAUUGCAGCAAAUAAUCAGAAAUGGAUGGCCUGACGUGAAACAAAUAUGCUCACCUGACAUAGCGGAGUAUUGGAACUACAGGGCUGAACUAUCUGAGGUCGGUGACAUCAUUUACAAAGGCAGCAAAAUUGUAAUUCCAAAGAGCCUGAGAAACGAAAUGCUCAAAAAGAUUCAUGAAGGACAUCUGGGAAUUGAAAAGUGCAAGAAAAGAGCACGACAACUGAUGUUCUGGCCUGGAAUAAAUCAAGAUGUCACUAAGGAAGUGUCAACAUGUACAAUAUGCCUCAAAUAUCAAGCAAGUCAACCUGCAGAACCACUACACCCACACCAAAGCACCGGACAGACCAUAUCAGAAAGUGGGUGCUGACCUG